CACGAAAACAAGCACUGUGUGCCGCUGACUUAAGUGAAAGAUGCUGCCGACAGCGGCGGAGUAGCAGAGAGAAGAAGCGUGCGCCGAAUUCAGCUUGCGUAUAAUUCCUUCCCAAAAGAGUCCGGUGUAUUGCUGCGUUCUGAUCACCGGCGUUAUACUCUCGGAAAGAUCCGUUGCUUUUCCUUUCUUUUUGUUGCGUUACAACACGCCGCACGUAAUCGGAGCGCGCCGAGCGCUUGUCUCUGAUCAUUGUCGAACCGGCUGUGAAAGAGCUUCGCAACAACCAUGGCUAGUGUCUCCUAUCAAAUAGCGAACCUGCUGGAAAAGAUGACAUCCAGUGACAAAGACUUCAGAUUUAUGGCAACUAAUGAUUUGAUGAGUGAACUACAAAAAGACAGCAUUAAGUUGGAUGAUGAUUCUGAACGCAAAGUUGUAAAAAUGCUACUUAAGUUAUUAGAGGACAAGAAUGGAGAAGUGCAAAAUCUUGCUGUUAAAUGCUUGGGUCCGUUAGUCAAUAAAGUGAAAGAAUACCAAGUGGAAACUAUUGUGGAUGCUCUAUGUAGCAACAUGGUAUCUGAUAAAGAGCAGUUGCGCGAUAUCUCCAGCAUUGGUUUGAAGACUGUUAUUUCUGAGCUUCCUUUGGGUUCUAGUGCAUUAGUCGCAAAUAUUUGUAGACGUAUAACAGGAAAAUUAAGCAGUGCUAUUGAAAAACAAGAAGAUGUAUCCGUACAGCUCGAGGCUCUCGACAUCGUCGCAGACUUACUGUCACGAUUCGGCGCCCUCCUAGUUUCGUUCCAUUCUACUAUUCUGAACGCACUGUCCCCACAACUUUCUUCGCCACGUCAAGCAGUCCGCAAACGCACUAUAGUAGCGCUCAGCCAUCUGCUGACAUCCAGCAACAAUUAUUUAUACAAUAAAUUGCUGGAUCAGCUUCUUCAAGGUCUCUCGACCCAAGCAACAAAGAACGUUAUACGUACCUAUAUCCAAUGUAUUGCUUCGAUCUGCCGACAAGCAGGUCACAGAUUCGGCGAGCAGAUAGAACGCGUUAUGCCAUUGAUCGUUCAAUAUAGUAACGAGGAUGAUGAUGAACUAAGAGAAUAUUGUCUGCAAGCAUUUGAAUCCUUUGUCUAUAGAUGUCCGAAAGAGAUCACGCCGCACAUCAACAAGAUCAUAGAAAUCUGUUUAAUAUAUAUCACGUAUGAUCCGAACUAUAAUUAUGACGACGAUAUGAACGAUUUCUCUGACGGGGAAGGAGUUGUGAUGGAAGUGGAGGAGGACGGCGAGGAGGAUGCCGAGGACGAAUAUUCCGAUGACGACGACAUGAGUUGGAAAGUUCGCAGAGCAGCUGCUAAGUGUCUGGAGGCCGUUGUAUCUAGUAGAAGAGAGCUGCUGCCAGAUCUUUACAAAGUUGUCUCGCCUGCGCUGAUAUGCAGGUUUAAAGAAAGAGAAGAGAAUGUUAAAUCCGACAUUUUCCACGCAUACAUUGCUCUGUUGAGGCAGACCAGGCCAGCCACUGGCGUACCACUUGAUCCCGACGCGAUGGAAGACGACGACGGGCCCGUUUCGUUGUUGCAACAGCAAGUACCGUUAAUAGUGAAGGCGGUCCAUCGGCAGAUGAAGGAAAAGAGCAUCAAGACGAGGCAGGAUUGCUUCUCCUUACUGAAGGAACUAGUACUUGUCUUACCCGGUGCUCUAGCCAAUCAUAUCCCAGCACUGAUUCCUGGCAUACAAUACUCUCUGGGAGACAAGAACUCAUCUUCGAACAUGAAGAUCGACACGUUGGCCUUUGUGCAUACGUUGCUAGUGACACAUGAGCCCACGGCGUUUCACACUCACAUGCCCGUUUUGGCACCACCGAUCAUAACGGCUGUGGGAGAUCCUUUCUAUAAGAUCACCGCCGAAGCGUUGCUUGUACUGCAGCAACUUGUACAAGUCAUCAGACCUCAUGAUAAACCAUGUUACUUCGACUUCACUUCGUUGUCCGGCGAGAUAUAUCACUGCACCUUGAAGAGACUGAAAACGGCGGACAUAGAUCAGGAGGUGAAAGAGAGAGCCAUCGCUUGCAUGGGCCAAAUUCUCGCACAUUUUGGCGAUACCUUAUCGAACGAGUUGCACAUAUGCCUGCCUAUCUUUUUGGACAGACUGCGCAACGAGAUAACUAGACUUACGACUGUUAAGGCUCUAACGUGUAUAGCUGCGUCUCCGCUAAGAGUAGACCUGCAGCCGAUCAUGGAGGAUGCGAUACCCAUCCUUGGAUCUUUCCUGAGAAAAAAUCAACGAGCUCUAAAACUUUCUUCUCUUCCCCUUUUGGAUACGUUGGUGCACAAUUAUAGCUCAGCUCUGCAUGCGGAUCUUCUUGAUAAAGUUACUACGGAGUUACCAGCAUUAUUAAGCGAGACAGAUUUACAUAUCGCACAGUUAACGUUGAAUCUUCUCACUACCAUUGCAAAAUUACAUCCGGUCGCUUUGACCAGGGUCUCCGACCAUAUUCUGCCGGAGAUACUUGUCCUGGUUAAAUCCCCGCUUCUUCAAGGCGUCGCAUUGAAUUCGAUGCUCGAGUUUUUCCAAGCUCUAGUUCAAGCGGAAGUGCCAGGUCUCGGGUACCGGGAGCUUCUCGCGAUGCUAGUGGUGCCGGUUACUCAAUCAGUACUUCACAAGCAAGCUUAUCACUCCCUUGCCAAGUGCGCAGCUGCAUUGACAAUUACGUGGCAUCAAGAAGCGCAGGGUAUUGUGGAGCAGUUAUUGAAAGACGUCCAGAAUCCUCAGAACGAUGCGCAACACAUAUUCGCUCUUUUGGUUAUCGGAGAGAUAGGAAGACACGUGGAUUUGAGCACCAUCAAUUCGCUAAAACAUACGAUUCUAAGUUCAUUUUCAUCGCACUCGGAAGAGGUGAAAUCUGCAGCCAGCUAUACGUUGGGCAACAUCGCGAUUGGAAAUCUCCCCGAAUACCUGCCUUUUAUACUUCAGGAGAUUGAGGCUCAGCCGAAACGUCAAUAUCUGCUUCUGCAUUCUCUGAAAGAAAUUAUUACGUGCCAGUCGGCCAGUCCGUCUGGUGUGUCGCAUUUACAGAGCUUCGUACCUUCGAUCUGGAUGCUUUUGUACAGGCAUUGCGAGUGCACGGAGGAAGGUACUCGCAACGUUGUGGCUGAAUGCCUCGGCAAAUUGACAUUGAUCGAUCCCUCCACUCUUUUGCCGAGAUUACAAGAAUCGCUCAAGUCGCCGUCGGCACUUAUGAGAACAACGACAGUCACUGCAGUGAAAUUCACAAUUUCUGAUCAGCCGCAACAGAUUGAUAUUAUGUUGAAGCAAUGCAUGGGCAACUUCCUGAUUGCUCUAGAGGAUCCUGACUUGAACGUGCGAAGGGUAGCGUUAGUUGCAUUUAAUUCCGCGGCACACAAUAAGCCGAUGCUGAUAAGGGAUCUGUUGGACGUGGUACUGCCACAUCUUUAUACGGAGACGAAGAUAAAGAAAGAACUAAUAAGGGAAGUCGAGAUGGGUCCAUUCAAGCACACGGUGGACGACGGACUGGAUCUUCGAAAAGCGGCAUUUGAGUGCAUGUAUACUUUGCUGGAUUCUUGUCUUGAUAGACUGGACGUCUUCGAGUUCCUGAAUCAUGUGGAGAACGGUCUCAGAGAUCAUUACGAUAUCAAAAUGUUAACUUACCUUAUGACCGCGCGACUUGCCCAAUUGUGUCCAACCGCAGUUUUGCAAAGGUUGGAGCGAUUAGUGGAGCCACUGAAGAGCACUUGCACGAUGAAGGUGAAAGCGAACUCUGUGAAGCAGGAGUACGAGAAGCAAGACGAGUUGAAACGUUCCGCGCUGCGAGCUGUAGCAGCGUUGUUAACUAUUCCCGAUGCGGACAAAAAUCCAUCGUUGAGCGAAUUCGUCGGACAAAUCAAAGGCACGCCAGAUCUGCAGCCGCUCUUCGAGAUAAUACAGAAGGACUGUAGCGGUAGCAACGUGAACGAAACGAACGCGAUGGAUCAGAGCUAAAAGUAACUGUUCAAUCCUAUUCUUUUGUAUCUCUCACAUAGAUCGCCGUUAACUAAGCGCAUUCGUGAUCAUGACUAUUCAUAUAGUUUAUUUCUAUAUACAUUAUUUUUUCAUUAAUGUAUCCUCGAUUCUCGAGCAGUAGUUUAAAAAGUAAGUGUGUGUGUGUGUGUGAGUUAAUGUAGCACACCAUGUAUAAAUUUUAAAAUAAAUUUGCCGGCAGUAAUUGUUUUAUCAUCACAUA